AUGGUUGAAGAAGUAAAAAACAAAACUGAAACAAUCGGCAAAGACAACGAAAAGGUGCAUAGUGAAAUCAAAAAGCUGAACAACAACACUAAUGAACUACAAAUGUCAUAUGCAGAAACUAUUAAAAACAAUAUAAAGAAAAAGGCAUUGCCAGAGUUAAAAAACGAUGUUGCAAUAAUUGUGAAACCCAAAGUAAAGCAAGCGGUUGAAAAAACGAAAAUAGAUCUGAACAGCAAAGUUGAUCCCAAAAAUUUGAAUAUUUCGAAAAUUGUAUCAAAAAAUAAUGGUGUAAUGGUGAUUCAUAGUCAAAAUAAUGAUGAACGCGAAAAAAUCAAAGAUGCCAUUGAAAAAAACAUUGGCAAAGAAUAUGAAAUAAAAGUGCCAAACUCAAUUCGUCCAAGCUUCUUAAUUGCAGGAAUGAAUUUUAAAUACGAAAAUAGCGAUUUAAUAGAAUCAAUAAGGAAGCAAAAUAAUAACCUGAUCCAAGGCUCAUUAAAAGUAUUGAAGCAGUUUGAAAGAAAUCGAGGCAACAUAAAGGUGUAUAAUGCAAUCAUCGAAAUAGAUAAAGAGGAUUUUACAAAAAUUCUUGCCGCAGAGCGAAUAAAUGUCGGGUGGGAUAGAUGUAAAGUCUUCGAUGCUAUUAAUGUACUAAUGUGCUACAAAUGCAAAGGAUUUAAUCAUAAAUCAGCCGACUGUAAAAACGAAGAAGCUUGCCACAAAUGCCACGGAAAACACAACGAUAAAACAUGUGAAAAAAAUCCAAUUAACAAGUGUCUAAAUUGCAUAAAAGCGAACACAAAAUUAAACCUAGCUUUAGACAUAAAUCAUGAUACAUUUGACAGGCACUGUCAAUGCUACAAUAAUAAACUAGAGAUAAAAAAACAAAAAUUAGGUUAUUAG